ACAAUGACUAACAUCGUGUGCUGAGUAGGCCGGGCACUUCCCAUCACCAACAGGACUACGCUAGCGCUCCAAAGUAUCAGUUCAGGCCACCGGAUAUAGACGACAAAUUAGGAAACAUGAUUUCUUCGCUAUUGCGCCGUCCAGUUUCCUCCAACCUGAGAGUUUCUCUCAACUUGGUCCGUCGUCGAGGAACUCUUUCGGAGAUCCAGAGACUUACAGAUGGGAAUGAGAGCAAGCCUCUGGCUAGGACUAGGAUAGUCGGCAUACUAGACAGAUCCAUCAAGGGCGGCAAGAAUACGAUAAUAGAUUCCAAUCCCAGAGUGAUAUACAAUGAAAGUUCAUACUCCUUGAAGGACUUUCCUGAUCAGAAUGUUCUUUGGCCACUAGGAAGAUCUCCAUUGCUAGCUGAAGAUAGCGAAAAGUGUCCUGGGGAUGAGGACACUCUUCCAAAGAAGAGAGAGAAACCAGUUCUCAAGAAGUUUCCAGUCAAGGAAUACGUUAGGUGGAAAACAGUCGAGGAACAGGAGAUGCACAAGGCCAGGUUGUUGCAAAUACUGAAGGAGAAGUCUUCCGGGCCGAAUGUCAAGUUUCCCAAGAAGCCCAACCUGGCGCCGCAGCGUACCAAAGAGUUUCCGGUUAACGAUUACGCCGACAGGCUGAUGCAGCCGGAGGAGAGAAUAGCUUACAAGCGAAAGUUGCUGGAGCGGCAGAGGGAGAACAGCAGGGACUCUAAGAGUGUGGUGAGGGAGAAGGGGAGUGACUGCCAGGAGAAGUGUGAGAAGGAGAAUGAGAAACUGUGCGAUCCCGACGACGGGAAACCUCCGAAGGAAGCCAAAGAAUCAGCUAAGCCGCCGGCAGCUAAAGCUCCUCCUCCGCCACCGCCUCCGCCGCCUCCUCCACCACCUUCGUCAGCUCCUCCUAAAGGUGGUCCACCUCCCAAAGGCGGUCCACCCCCUCCUCCAAAAGGUGGUCCACCACCUCCUCCACCCAAAGCCGGAGCCCCUCCCGCCAAGGGUGGUGCCCCACCACCCAAAGGUCCACCGCCUCCCCCACCGCCUGGAACUCCACCGCCCCAGACCAAAACCAAGUUCGGUCCACUGGCCGACGCUGAUCGCAUCUUUACGAACCUCUACGGGAGACACGAUUGGGGCAUCAAGGGCGCCAUGAAGCGAGGAGACUGGUACAAGACCAAGGAGAUCCUCGAGAAGGGCGACAAGUGGAUUGUCAACGAAAUAAAGACUUCGGGCCUGCGGGGACGAGGUGGCGCCGGGUUUCCCAGCGGACUCAAGUGGUCCUUCAUGCACAAGCCCCCCGAUGGAAGGCCCAAGUUCCUGCUGGUCAAUGCGGACGAGGGGGAGCCCGGCACUUGCAAGGAUCGGGAAAUCAUGCGCCACGAUCCGCACAAGCUGGUGGAGGGAUGCCUCAUCGCCGGCAAAGCAAUGGGCGCCAACACUGGCUACAUUUACAUUCGCGGCGAGUUCUACAACGAGGCGUGCAACCUGCAGUGCGCGAUUAUAGAGGCCUACCAAAAGGGAUUCCUGGGAAAGAAUGCCUGCGGCUCCGGAUUCGACUUCAAUCUCUACGUGCACCGGGGAGCUGGGGCAUAUGUGUGCGGGGAGGAGACCUCCCUCAUCGAGUCCCUCGAGGGCAAGGCUGGCAAGCCGCGCAACAAGCCCCCCUUCCCGGCGGACAUCGGGGCGUUUGGCUGUCCCUCGACAGUGACCAAUGUGGAAACGGUGGCCGUAGCGCCCACCAUCUGCCGGCGUGGUGGCGCCUGGUUCGCCAGCUUCGGGCGCACCCGGAAUUCGGGCACAAAACUGUUCAAUAUAUCGGGGCACGUCAACAAUCCGUGCACCGUGGAGGAGGAGAUGUCCAUGCCCACGAGGGAGCUGAUCGAACGCCAUGCUGGCGGGGUACUGGGUGGCUGGGACAAUCUGCUGGCCAUUAUUCCAGGUGGCUCCUCGACGCCGUGCCUUCCGAAAGCGGAUGUGGAGAAGGCCAUCCAUGACUACGACGGCCUGAUGGCGGUACGGUCGUCCCUGGGCACCGGGGCCAUAAUUGUGAUGGACAAGAGGACGGACAUGAUCAAGGCCAUUGCCAGGCUGGCCGCCUUCUACAAGCACGAGAGCUGCGGCCAGUGCGUUCCCUGUCGCGAGGGCCUCCACUGGGUGAACAUGAUCAUGCAGAGAUUCGUCACGGGGCAGGCCCAUGUCGGCGAGAUCGACAUGUUGUGGGAGAUCACCAAGCAGAUCGAGGGCCACACCAUCUGCGCGUUGGGCGAUGGUGCCGCCUGGCCGCCCCAAGGACUCAUCCGCCACUUCCGCCCGCUCAUCGAGGAAAGGAUCCAAGGACGGAUAUGUGCCGAGGAAGAGGCGGCAGCCGCAGCUCCCACCAAGUUUCCCUGUCAGACGAUUCCCCCCUGUCCAAAUCUCGAGCGGGACAUUUGUCCAAAAUAAAGCGUGCCAGCAUAUCUUCGUUA